GCGCUCGCCGGCGGGGUUGGCUGGGACCGUUAGCUCGCCAGGCUGGCAGGCUCCGGGCCGCUGCUCCGCGGGCGGCCGGGAUGGAGACGAUGCGAGCGCAGCGGCUGCAGCCGGGAGUGGGCGCCGGCGGCCGGGGCACGCUGCGAGCGCUUCGGCCCGGGGUAACUGGGGCCGCGGCGGCCGCCGCCACACCCCCCGCAGGCCCCCCGCCCGCCCCGCCGCCCCCCGCCCCGCCCCCGCCGCCCCUGCUCCUGUCGGGGGCCCCUGGGCUGCCGCUGCCCCCCGGCGCCGCCGGCAGCCCAGCCGUGCUGCGGGAGGCCGUGGAGGCGGUGGUCAGGAGCUUCGCCAAGCACACGCAGGGCUAUGGCCGAGUGAAUGUGGUGGAGGCACUUCAGGAAUUCUGGCAGAUGAAGCAGUCCCGUGGGGCAGACUUGAAGAAUGGGGCUCUGGUGGUUUAUGAGAUGGUUCCCUCCAACAGCCCUCCUUAUGUCUGUUACGUCACUCUGCCUGGGGGAAGCUGCUUUGGGAGUUUCCAGUUUUGCCCCACAAAAGCUGAGGCCCGGAGGAGUGCUGCAAAGAUUGCACUGAUGAACUCUGUGUUUAAUGAACAUCCUUCCCGAAGAAUCACUGAUGAGUUCAUUGAGAAGAGUGUCUCUGAGGCCCUGGCAUCUUUCAAUGGCAACAGGGAGGAAGCUGACAACCCAAAUACAGGGAUUGGUGCCUUCCGAUUCAUGUUGGAAUCCAAUAAGGGCAAGUCAAUGUUGGAGUUCCAGGAACUAAUGACAGUCUUUCAACUGCUGCACUGGAAUGGCAGCCUUAAGGCCAUGAGGGAAAGACAGUGCUCUCGGCAGGAAGUGUUGGCUCAUUAUUCACACCGGGCUCUGGAUGAUGAUAUUCGCCACCAAAUGGCAUUGGACUGGGUGAGCCGGGAGCAAAGUGUGCCAGGGGCACUGUCUAGAGAGCUGGCCUCUACUGAGCGGGAGCUGGAUGAAGCCCGGCUGGCAGGCAAGGAGCUGCGUUUCCACAAGGAGAAGAAAGAUAUUCUCUUGCUGGCUGCUGGGCAGUUGGGCAAUAUGCAUUCUUCCAACUGCUAGGUGUCCACUCAUAUACUCCCCAUCCUCUCUAGGCCUUUUUUUAUAAUGUCUUUUCUAAGACUUAGUUGAUUUCUGUACAUACUUCCUCAAUUUUAUACUUUUACAUAUAUAUAUAUUUUAUACUUUAAAAUAUAUAUAUAUAUGUAUAAAUAUAUAUAUAUAUAUAUAUAAAUUCUACACUCAGAUUCCUAUUUGCUGAGAGAUCCCUUUUCUUCUAGUUUUUGGAUGUAGUUUCAUUUGAAACAUUGCCACUCCACUUUGUAAGAAGAGCAGGCUGUCUUCAGAGUUUUGUUGGCUCUUAACACUCCUGGUAACUCUGUAGUCAUUUCAGUAGCACAAGGUGAUUGACAAAGUGUUCUUAUCAUAUAACAGGGAGUUUGAAUAAGGACUAUGUGCCCCACACUCACCCUCAUCCUGUUUUCUCAUGGAUUCCAAACAGGGUAUGAGUAUGAAGCUUUUGGCUUUGGUAUCUUGAUCUAAGCCUACUUGGUACUGAGUUGUUCUUCAGUAACUAGGUAUUUCCUGUCCUAGACUCCCCACUACUAUCUUACUCCUCCUCUGACUUCAAGUGGUACUUCAUUUUGAGGCUUCCUUUAUUAUUUGGAAGGAAGUGGAAAUUUGGUGUCUUAUUGUUAAAAUCAUUCCUGAGGAACUUCCCAGAAAGAGGAGAGGAAUUAGAAACACAGUCCAUCGGUGUUUAUCACCUAAAUGCCUCUGGGGCAUAGAUACCAUACCACGCUGGUAAACUAGCUUUCUUGAUGUAUUCCGUGCUCCAAAAGGGAUCAGGGUUGAAGCUGCUGAUCUUCCAACAUUCCCUUUUCACUCCUCCUCCUGUGCUCACCCAGCUUAGUUGAGUCCAGUAUUUAGACCUUCCUGCCUGCAGAGAUUGGUAAAAGGGAAAACAUAUUUCCCUACUCUCUCUCCUCCCAUCAUUUUGCUCUUUGGAAACAGCUGUCCUGUUUGGUGAAGGCCAUGUUCCUCUCUCUCUCCCUCAAAGUUGCUGCUGUUGCCACCUUAGAUGUCCAUAAAUUCAGUUUUUUCUCUUUUCUCCAUGUUGAUUGCAUGUUGAGAGCAUGAGUCCAUCAGGAAAAUGAGCCUGGCAUUAUGGCACUUCCUAAUUGGAACCUUGGGAGACUGCAGGAGGGCAAAGAGACUUGAUGAUCAACUAUUUGUGUUUUUAAGACUCCCUCCCCCCACCCCCUCCUGGGUGAAAUAGGAGAUAAAUGAUCUUGAGUAUAGCUAAAGCAUUUCUCUUUGGGAGAAAUUUUUCUAGGUCUCUCAAAGAUGUAUUUUCCCCUUGUUUCUAUAAUCUCCUUUAUAUUGUAUGAUAGUUCAGUGCACUUUCUAAAAUGUGUUUGGGGAGUUUCAUGUUUCUGCAAUUGGACUUUUCAUUUAAUGAUGAUACACUUUGUUCUUAGAAAUAGAUUAGGAAAUAGGCCACAAUUUACUGUUUUGGACUAGAUAGGGACAAAAAUGAAAGUCUGCUUUUUUGCUUUUGAAAUCAUCUUGGUGACCAGCACAUAUGGGAUCAGCAGUAAGGAGUCUAGCAACUGUUUUAGUGUUUGAAAGGGACCUCCUUGAAUUCUCUAAGCCCCAUGUCUGUAUACCAUGAAGCUCAUAUAGAGUUGGAGUAGAGGCUCCUACAUUAAUAGUAGGUAUGUCUAUUCUGCUUUUAUUGAUAUUUAUAAUCCAGAAAUCAUAAACUCUCAUUUCUCCUAUGCUCCUUUCUCUGGGAAGAGUGAAGAGGUGUAAGUUAUGGGAAGAACUUUUUCUUGCACCUCUUGGAUUAUUUUUCUCAAAUAACAACCAGUAAGAUCCCAAAGAACUUGAGAAAAAUUGUUCCCUUAUCUGUCCACUUUCAUUGUUAAAGAUUUUACUUACCAUUUUAGUACUUCCUAUGUAUUUUAUAUGUAUAAUUUUAUACAAUUAAAAACAGAUUUUUGUCUAGUGAGCCAGAUUGAUUCUUUCUUGAGACCUAUAUAUCAGAGGAGCUCUAAAAUGACCCUUUCUUUUACAAGUACACUAAAAGAAUUUUGAUUAGUGUUUUUUCGGGUAGUAGAAAUAAGAUUGUUCUGUUGGGGGAAGGCGUUCUGCCUCCCCUUCUCCAGAUAUUUCAGGAGCCUAGAUUUUCUCACUGGUCCUUUCUUCUCAAGCUCUAUGCAUUUCCUUUUUUUUUUUUAUCUUAUUUUUAUUUUAUUUCAUUUAUUCAUGAGAUACACAGAGAGAGGCAGAGACACAAGCAGAGGGAGAAGCAAGCUCCCCGUGAGGAGCCCAAUGCGGGACUCGAUCCCAGGACCCCGGGAUCACAACCUGAAGCUCUAUGCAUUUCCACUGGCAAUCUUACCCACCAUGGUGACUUCAACUCUAUAAUACAUACCAUUCUCAAAUCUAUUUCUUUCACUGUUUUGAGCUUUUACAUCUAUAUUUCCACAUGUUGGACAUCACCACCUAAAUGUAUUAACACAAGCUCUUUGAACUCAUAUUCAAAAUAAAAGCUAUUUCAUAUA